CACCAGAGGCUGGGCCUAUUUCCGGUAGGAUCAGUGGACUCGGCGGCGGAGGGAGUGCGGAGCCGUCCCCUGAGUUUUUCCAAGGCUGUACAGACAUGGCGGCGGCUUUUCGGAAGGCCGCUAAGUCCCGGCAGCGGGAACACCGAGAGCGAAGCCAGCCUGGCUUUCGAAAACAUCUGGGCCUACUGGAGAAAAAGAAAGAUUACAAACUUCGUGCAGAUGACUACCGUAAAAAACAAGAAUACCUCAGAGCUCUCCGGAAGAAGGCUCUUGAAAAAAAUCCAGAUGAAUUCUACUACAAAAUGACUCGAGUUAAACUCCAGGAUGGAGUACAUGUUACUAAGCAGACUAAGGAAGAAGUAACCCCAGAACAACUAAAGCUGAUGAGAACUCAGGAUGUCAAAUAUAUAGAAAUGAAAAGGGUUGCAGAAGCUAAGAAAAUUGAAAGACUAAAAUCAGAGCUCCAUCUGCUGGAUUUCCAGGGGAAGCAACAGAGCAAGCAUGUGUUCUUUUUUGACACCAAAAAGGAAGUUGAACAGUUUGAUGUUGCAACUCAUCUGCAAACAGCCCCGGAACUAGUCGACAGAGUCUUUAAUAGGCCCAGGAUAGAGACCUUGCAGAAGGAAAAAGUGAAAGGAGUUACCCAUCAGACUGGACUUAAGCGAAUAGCUAAAGAAAGGCAAAAGCAGUAUAACUGCCUGACACAGCGGAUUGAACGAGAGAAGAAAUUGUUCAUUAUUGCUCAGAAAAUUCAAACACGCAAAGAUCUUCUGGAUAAAACUCAGAAAGUAAAGGUGAAGAAAGAAACAGUGAACUCCCCAGCUAUUUAUAAAUUUCAGAGUCGUCGAAAACGUUGACAUGUUAUAGAUAAGCCUUGUCAUUCUGCAUCAAAAAAUCUAUUGUCUUUUUCUAGUAACUUCAAAUUCCAUUAGUCCAAAUGGCAUGGUUUUCCAGUUUGUAACCGUAACUAAAUUGUCAGUCUGACAUUAACGUCUUCCUAUGGACAACAUUAAAUCUCUGUCCCUUCUGUAAUUAUUUUUGGAUUGUGAAAUUAGUCUUAUUUUUAUAUACAUAACUUUUUUUUUUUUUUUUUUUUUUAACAAUUUGAGAUAGGGUCUUUGUUGUCAGGCUGGAAGUGCAGUGAUGUGAUCAUGACUCAUUGCAACUUUGAAUUCCUGGGCUCGAGUGAUCUUUCUGCUUCAGCCUCUCAAGUAGCUGGAUAUAGACAUGUGCCACCAUGCCUGAGUAAUGUUUAAAUUUUCUGUAGAGACCAGGUUUUGCCAUGUUGGCCAGGCUGGUUUUGAACCCCUGGGCUCAAGUGAUCCUCCCACCUUGGCCUCCCAAAGGUCUGGGAUUACAGGCAUAAGCCAGCAUGCCUGGCCUAUAAUUUUUUUUUAUUAUGAAACUUACAGGAUCUCAUUACAGCAGAUUUGGAAAAUAGAUUAAUUCGUUCCUAAUCCCAGUGCUUAUUCAAUAAUAACAAAUAUUUAUUGCAUACUUAACUGUGCUAGGAGCUAGAGCUGUGGAGGUGAGCAAUUACUGUGAGUAGAGUCUAGUUAAUUUCCUCCAUUUUGUAAAGCUGUGCAUCACUUUUGGUCCAUGUUUUUGUGUUUUAUAGUUAACAAUUUGAUGUCCUACUUUUAAAUUAAAUUCUUAGCUCUUUCCUGCUUUGUUACAUCACAAAAUGUUUUUACAGUAAUAUACGUUAGAGUAAACAUUAAAAUAAAUAUCAUUUUUAA